CACACAGUCUCGUUCCUCCUCUCCAACCCAACAACCUUCCCCCUUCCUCCACCCCCGCCGCUCCCUCGUCCAAACGUAGAUCAAACAUGCAGGUCUCUCUCGUCCUCGUCUCCCUGUUCGCCCUCGCGGCCCAGGCCAUCCCCACGGAGCCCCUCCAGAAGCGCGCCACGACCUGCGGAAGCACCUACUACACCACCGCCCAGGUCAACGCCGCCUCCAACGCCGCCUGCAACUACGUCAAAGCCGGCACCGUCGCCGGCAGCUCCACCUACCCCCACCGCUACAACAACUACGAGGGCUUCAACUUCGACGUCAGCGGGCCCUGGUACGAGUUCCCGAUCCGGACGAGCGGCGUCUACACCGGAGGCUCUCCAGGUGCUGACCGUGUUGUCAUCAACGCGUCUUGCGGUCAGGCUGGCCAGAUCACCCACACCGGCGCCAGCGGCAACGCAUUUGUUGGUUGCACCGGUACCUCUUAGGUGGAGGUGGGACUAGUGACGAGGUUGAGGGAGCCUGGAGAAUUUUACAAAUGUGUUAUGGAAACUGAGUUAUGAGAUUUGCAAGCGGAUGAAUGAAGAUUCCUU